AUGCCUUCGAGAAAGCCGGAGUUAGAGGUCCAGUCAGAGUCUGGUUCAGAAGAUGAAACUGUACCUUUUAUUUCCAAUGCAAGUCUUCAAGAUGUCAGACAGGGAAAAUUUAAAAUUAUUUACAUGCACCCUGAAACUGUUUUUAACAAGGAAGUGGGAAGAAUGAUGAGGAACUCCAGAUUUAGAUAUCUUGUUUGCUGCACUGUGGUAGAUGAAGUACAUAUGAUUUCAGAAUGGGGAACCGAGUUCAGGAAAUGCUUCGAGCCUCUUGGCGAGCUGACAUGUCUGUUCCCUAAUAUUCCACAGUUGGCACUUACAGCAAAAAUGAUGCAGCAGCUUGUUGCACCACCUGAACUACUCAAUGAUCUUGUUUGUCUCUAUGCAGAUACAAGUUCUGAUGGUUGUAUCUGCUCUAACAAUGAGCAACCAUGUACACAAGCAUGUGAAUGUAAGGGAUGUGUAGAAGAAGAAACAGAAAUUUGCCAAAAUUUGUUUACAAUGUUAGCAAGUAUUGACAGAAUUCACGGAGAUAUUAUCCAAAAUCCAAAGAUGUUAAGUGCCAGCCAGGCACUAUUCUAUACACACGCUUCUUCUGGGCAUAAUAUUGUGCUAACUGGUCAAGGUGGCAGUGGUAAAUCAUUUGUUUUGAAUAACUUUGCACGUGACAUGCAAUUGCCAGGAAAUAAUCAUGUAUAUGUUGCUACAGAGGAGGGUGACAGUUAUUACUUGAACAGGUUCCAGGCCCCAAAGAGAUUGGGGUUAAAGUUUGGGUGUCCUGUAAUGUUAGUUGUAAACCUAAGUGAAACACUUGAUCUGUUCUCACCGUUGGAUAUUUCUUCUGAAAAUGAGUCAGUAGACUCGUCUACAGACGAAAUAUCGGAUGUUGAGUUUUUCAGUGAAAAUUCUGAUGAUGAUUACAACACUACUUUUAGUUCUGGUCAGUCUUUACCAACGUGUGAUUUCGUCCUUACACCAGUUGUUUUUUCUUCAAGUACAGAAGCAUGUCAAAUUGAGAAGAAUACUCCUGUAACUUCAAGUCAGACUGAAAAUUUUGAUAAACAAAAACUGCAAGUGCGAGGCAAAGGAAAGUGGAAAGAAUCUAAAAGCGGACAAGAAACAACUCAAAGCAAAAGGAAAAGAACACAACGGGAUGAUGAUGUAGAAGAAAGCGAUAAUGUGUGUUUGGAGAACUUCCCAUCCUGUCCACCAGAAGAAGAAAUAAAUCAACAUGUAAAAGACAGGGAAGAAAAUGGGUCAAAAACAGCUGAAAAGGUAAAAGAGAACACUGACAAGGCAAACGCCAAACUACAAAGGGACUUUAGAAAAGCAAAUGAGAGGAAGCAAAAUUAUGUGGAUUUAAAAGUGGGUGAUAAAGUGCUUAAAUUCAAUAGUGCAAGAGCAGGAAGAAAAAGUGAAGGUGAUCUAGAUGCUAAUUAUUCAGGGCCGUAUACUAUAAUAGAAGUUAUUGGACACCGACUUAAACUCAAAACAUGGAUGGGAAAAUUCUUAAAAGCCUUGUGUCAGUGA